AUGGAGCAGAGCACGGGAGAGACGGAGGAAGAAGCGGAGAAGAACGUGGAAUUAUCUACGAGCAAGAAGCGGAAGAUCGAGGCAGCACGUCAGAAGAAGGCAAACAAAAGCACGAAGAAGGCCAGGGAUAAGAAGCGCAGAAACGCCAAAUUGCGGAAACGCCAAAGCGGCGAGACCGGAUUCAGGUACCACGAAUCGAGGACAAGAAAGGCCCAAUCAGCCGACAGCACGAAAGCAACGGCGAAGGGAGUGGGUUCGGCGGCUCGAGUCCGAGACCUCCCUCGGCACCCGCGAGGAAGCUUCCGCAGCUCCGGAUACAUGGAAUCUGCAAUGACGGGGAAACUCGAGCCUUCAAUCCCGGCAACUGCUUAUAGCAGCCUCCACCAAGUUGUUAUGCCGGCUUUCGUCUGCACAAGCUGCAUCCUCCCUAACCAGAUGACCGCGCGGUAUGCUGAUCAGCGCAGUAUGUCGAGCAACGUGGUACGUCAAGCAACGUGGUACGUCGAGCAGUGUGGUACGUCGAGGAGUGUGGUACAUCGAGCGGCACGCAAGUGGAGCGGCGCUGCAUGUCAAGCAGCUCAAAAGCCGCGAAGUUCAUGUGUCGGAGACGGUGGCUUGAUUGCUCGCCGAGAGUGGGUGUGCGGAACAGGUGUGCGUGGCGCAAUCGACCUUGCAGUGCUGGAAGAAGAGCUAGGCUGUCAACGUCCACCACGUACGCCUCUUCUGCGCACCGUCGAGAACUCGGUUGCAGCCCCAGCAGCGCUUGUAGCAGGACGAAUCUACCUCAUGCUCAUCGGUGGGGUCGAUUGUGCCUCAAGGCGUAUUGCUAGGCUGGCUGAAGGAGUGUUCCGAAUUGUCGUCCAACGGGAGCGUUACGACGGAGAGGCUGAAGGCGGCUUCUCGCGCGUCACCGUUAUGGUGGAGGUGCUUUUUCCAACACCACGAGAAGUGUCGCAACAGCGCAACUCAUCCCCAGCUCACCCUCGCAGCCACGCUGUCUCUACCCCACAAAAUGCUGCAACUCGUACUCAUCUAAUACCGCCCAGGGCGCCGCAGAAUGCCUAUACCACCGUCGCGCAUCUCGUCGGACCUCUCAAGCCCUCCCUUGGCUGCCAUCCCGUCCUCUCGUCAAACCAGCCGCACUCCCGGCAAUACAAUAACAAGUCUUGCGACAGCACAAGCGGCCGAGCGCCAACAACGAUGGCGACUAGUUGCGUGACAUCUCACGGCGGGGUCACACACGCUCUGGGAUGGCAGUUGAUGGAAUCGGCUACGAAGGGAGUCAUGUAUUGA